AUGUCCGCGGAACACGCUCCGAUCGUCCCAACGUAUGCGAACUGCAUUCGCACCGACAAGCCCGCGCUGGUCAUUCCUGAACUUGUCUCCAAGGAUGAUGAGCGUGGUCCAGCGAUCCAUUGCACCAACAUUGCCGUGGCUGGCUGUGUGAGGUAUACGACUUGGUUCGGAGGGUCUUACGAGGGUGCAACAGACACUCAAAUCUGGUUUUCCAAGAAUAUCGAUGGCAAAUGGACGAAGCCUCGGGCAAUCGCCGGCAACAAAGAGGGCGAAGAGAUUGUCUACUGGAACCCUGUGCUCUUUAUCCCUGAUCGCUCUCAGCCCAAACACCUCCACGUCUUCUUCAAGAAGUUUACGCCAAUUCCCGUCUGGGUGACGUUCUGGAUGGCCAGCGAUGACGGCGCGCCUAAACCUGGGCCCGCCGACAACUUCAAACAAGGAGAUAAAUGGAUCAGGUCAAAACUCAUUGAGCUGCCCAAUGACCGCGGAAAACCCUACGGCGGCUUCCCAGGAGAGGGUGUCAUCCAACCUGGGACAUGGGAAUCCAAGGACCAGCCGGGACACUGUCACAUGACGAUGCGAUCAAGUGUUGGGUGCGUCAUCCAGGCUGAUUCCACCGACUAUGGCCGAACAUGGGGGCCAGCCUUCAGGACAUCGCUGCCCAACAACAACUCGGGUCACUGCGUGACGACACUGCGAGAUGGCCGAGUCGUCUGGGCCGGAAACUAUCAAACGCAAAGCUGGGGUCCUCGUACCCCGCUGUGCCUCGCUAUCAGCGAAGAUGAUGGGAAGACGUGGAAACUUUGGGCAACGCUCGAGGACGCGCCGCCGCCCGAAGAUUUUAAGCGAGUCAUCGCCUUGGAAACGGGCAUCGUGAACGAUGGGAGAUCCGAGUUCUCGUACCCUUGCCUGACGCCUACAGAAGACGAUGACGAGACAGGGGUUUGGGUGUCGUGGACGUGGCAGCGAAGGGGGAUUAUGACUGCCAAAGUCGUCGAAGGGAAGUAA